AUGGCCCGAUUUGGAUCCCUCCUCGUGCUCCUGGCGGCGGCGUGCCUGGCACUGUGGUCAGGCCUCAGCUUUGUGGGCGCUCCGGCAGCUUCCUCCCCGCGCACGGCCGUCGCCCGGCACGCCGAAGCGAAGAAGGCUCCGAAGAAGAAGGCCAAGGGCCCAUGGGUGGGGCCGAAGAAGGGCUCUUGGGUGAAGAUCUUGCGCCCAGAGUCGUACUGGUUCCAACAGCGUGGCCAGGUGGUGAACGUCAAUCAGAAGCCGGAAGUUAAAUAUCCGGUCACGGUGAAGUUCGAUUCCGUGAAUUAUGCCAACGUGAACACGAACGGCUACGCCCUGUGGGAGGUGAUUGAGGCACCGGCACCCGGGCCUGGCGAGGUCUGA